AACUUUUUCUUUUCUCCCACAAUGAAGAGUUACAGUUUAAGACAUUUGUCAUGACUUAACGUUUGCCACAAUGUCGUAUCAGCAACACGCACAUUAUUAAAACAAGGGCAAUUGGACUUGCUAAGCUAGUAUUGAUAUGGUGACCAUAAGACACAUUCAUAUCAUCCUACUAUGCUGUUGUGGAUAUACUAAAGCUUAUGCUUGUGACGUAGGAUGGUUUGGUCCAGUCUGCCAGUAUCAAUGUCACUGUGAGAACACUCAAUGUGAUCAUGACGGUAACUGUAUAAACAGCGCGAAGUGUACUUCUGGCUGGUUCGGUUACAAGUGUCAAUAUUACGAUCUUGUGGUAAACGCAACAAAUUUUAAAGAUUUGCCGACAUGGUUGACUGAUAAUGAUCAGAAUACAUGCAACACAAUGUCUGAUGUCUUUCCAUCUAUCAGUUUAAGAUGGAAUAAAAUGUAUUUAUUUCGGUACCUAAGAUUGGCAGUUAAACAUAAGAUAUCAGACACAGACAUAGGCCUACAAUUUUAUACAAACGAAUCCAUAGAAGUGAAUUGUACAGACUUCCAUUAUGUACUGAUCAAUGAGAGAACAUUAGACAUUCACUGCGGAGAUAGAAAUUCGGCCAUAGAACAUAUUCUAGUUAGAGGCAAGGGCAUCAAGGAUUUGUGUUCCAUUCAUUUGAGUGGAGGAAGAAAUGUGGCAUUAAAGCAGCGUACAUACCAGACGUCCAACUAUACCGCCUUCACUAGUUCGGCCAAAGCUGUGGAAGGAGAUACAAGCCAAAGACUUAACUCCCUUGACUCCUCGUGUACCCACACUGCAGCGCUAUCGACACCGCCAAGCUGGACUAUCACAUUUACCAAUACUUUAACAAUAGAUAGAAUUGUUAUAUAUAACAGAGCCGAUUGCUGUAGCCAGAGAUUGUCUAACUUUACUUUGCAAGCUUUUGGUGAGAAAAAAGAAUUGGUUUUUCACUACACCGAUUCAAGAACUUUGUUGAUGUAUGAAGUUAUUGACAUCAGAAGUUUGACUAUCAAAUCAAUAUCCAUCACUGCAAACUAUAAAGAUAAAGAAGUUGGGAAAAAGAUUAUACUUAGUCUAUGUGAAGUACAAACUUAUGGAGACUGUCCCAGAGGGAAAUGGGGCCUCGAAUGUGAUAGAAACUGUCCCACUGAAUGUCUCGAUUGGUGUAAUGUACAAGAUGGCACAUGUGACACAAGAUGUGUCGGGUACAGUAACCCGCCUUACUGUAACCAAGUAUGUGAACCAGGCAGGUGGGGACUGAACUGUACUAAAUAUUGCAGCACCAAAUGUAACGGCACAUGUAAUAGAAUGAAUGGACUUUGUGACGGCGGAUGCUUAGGAUUUUCUAACCCCCCAGCAUGCACACAAAAAUGUGACUCAGGACGUUGGGGACCAAACUGUUCAAGAGCAUGUAGCUACAGAUGUUUUGGUCGAUGCAACAGUCUUAACGGGGUGUGUGAUGAAGGGUGUCUUGGGUUUGAGAACCCUCCUACUUGCAAUAUUUCUUGUGUUAAAGGAUUGUAUGGUAUGAACUGCUCACUGCCUUGUUCAAAUAUUUGCAAUAACAGCGAUUGUCAUCCAGUGACUGGACAAUGUCUCUCUUGCAGGCAAGGAUUAGAAGGACACUAUUGUCAUAAAGUAGGUUCCAAGUUCAAUAUUGAAAGUUUUGGCCUUGGCUUUGGCACAGGUCUAGGAAUACUUUUUGUUCUUGUUGUCAUCAUAGUGACUGUUUGUGUGUGGUGCAAGCACACACGUCUUUCCUCGAGACUGACACAGAGUUCUGAUCGGAUGACCUUUCAAGUCAAAACAAUCUAUAGCGAAACACAUGCACACGGAGCUAACUUCUAUGUGACUAAACAUGACUGCAACCUGUGCGCCAGUUUUCACAGCGCGACGCCAUGAUACUCUUUCAUGCGCCUCUGUCUCCCAGGUGGCUGGGUCUAUGCUGAACGCAUUCAGAGAAGCUUUGAGGGUGUCCCUAAAGCGUUUUCUUUGACCGCCUUGAAAGCGCUUUCCUUCUCUUAGUUGGCCAUACAAGAGUCGUUUAGGGAUGCGGCGGUGGCACUGCAUCAGGAUUGUGUGGAUGCUUUGCAGACCCGCUCUUCGAAGGUCUUCAUCAUCUUGUAUUUUGUCCUGCCAUUGGACAUUCAGUAUUUUUCGUAGACAAGUCAUGUGGAAGUGAAGCACAUUACAAGUUAAUAUAUUUACUGGCUGUGCUUAGGUGCAAUUCUGAAAUUUAUUUAUUAUCCUGUAAAGUUUUUGUAGUUGUGUGCAUUUUUUCAUAAGCGUAUGUUUUAGUAGUUGUUGUCUUGGU